AUGUCUCUGCUACUCGACAGCCUUGAAGUGACGGUGAUCAUUGACAAUGAGCUGGACGUGAUGUCUCCCCCGCCACCCACGACGAUGGGCACCAUCUACUCGCACGGCUCACUGGGCAACAUCGCCCGAGAGUCAGCCCUAGUCCAUGAUCGCGGCGGAGAAGAUGUUCGCGAGCUCAGGAUGGAUAGGACGAUAGGCUGGGAGAAGAGAAGCGUAUUGUUUGAUACUGGCCCCGAAGAGGAUAUAUGGGAGCGCAAUGCAAAGAGAUUAGGCGUGGAUCUUGCGGGAGUAGAAGCCAUCGUGCUCUCCCACUGGCAUCGAGACCACUCAGGCGGCAUGCUACGCGCUAUCCGGAUGAUCAAGGAGGCCCAGGAGGCCCAUGGCGACAACAUCAAGGAAGUAGUAGUGGAUGUCCAUCCAUCACGGCCCAAGUAUCGCGGUUUCCAGCUGGGCGAGGAGAUCAUAUCCCUUGAAGCAGACCCAGGAUUCGACGAGAUGGCGGCCGCGGGAGCUACGGUGAGCAAGAACGCGCAAGCACAUACCCUGGCUGGCGGGAUGUUUCACGUCUCGGGCAUGAUACCAAGGGAGACCGAGUAUGAGACGGGGCUUAGGGGAGGAAUGCGCUUUGAAGAUGAAGAAGAAGAUGAAGAUGAUGAUGAUAAACGCGAAGGAAGAUGGAAAAAGGACGAAGAAAUCGCGGAUGAGCGCGUGCUCACGUGCCGAGUGCGGGGGCUAGGGCUAGUCGUGGUCACGGGGUGUAGCCAUGCUGGAGUUGUAAACACCGCGAGACAUGCAAGAAGAGAACAGAGGGACAAACAAGGAAAAGAAGAGGAUAUCUUUGCGAUAAUAGGGGGAUACCACCUGGCGACCAGCGACGAGGCCACGAUGCUCGAAACCGUCCACGAUCUGGCAGCCAUGAACCCGCGCUUCCUCGUCCCCGGCCACUGCUCCGGCUGGAGGGUCAAGAUGGCCAUCGAGCAGGCCAUGCCAGGGCGUCUCCUCCCUUGCUCAGUGGGCGCCAGGCUUCUCUUUGCCGACCAGCCUAGCUGA